UUUUUUUUUUGUUUCUUUUUUUAUUUUUAUUUUUUUCUUCUUGUAUUUUUAAAAAAUAUAUAUAAAAAAAAAUACUAAAUUAUUUAAUAUGGGUUUGAGUUUUUCCAAGUUAUUUAAUGACCUCUUUGGUAAGAGAGAAAUGCGUAUUCUUAUGGUCGGUCUUGAUGCCGCCGGUAAAACUACCAUCUUGUAUAAACUUAAGUUGGGUGAAAUUGUAACCACUAUUCCUACUAUUGGUUUCAAUGUCGAAACUGUCGAAUAUAAAAACAUCUCUUUUACUGUUUGGGAUGUCGGAGGACAAGACAAGAUUCGUCCUCUCUGGAGACAUUACUUCCAAAAUACUCAAGGUAUUAUCUUCGUUGUUGACUCUAAUGAUCGUGAUCGUAUCUCGGAAGCCCGUGAUGAACUUCAACGUAUGUUAAACGAAGAUGAACUUCGUGACGCGCUCUUACUUGUUUUUGCUAACAAACAAGAUCUUCCUAACGCUAUGAAUGCUGCUGAAAUUACUGAUAAGCUUGGUCUUCAUUCUCUUCGUAAUAGACGUUGGUACAUUCAAACAACUUGUGCUACUAGCGGUGAUGGUCUCUAUGAAGGUUUGGAAUGGUUAUCCAACAACUUGAAGAGAGGAGCAUAAACAUUAAAUACACAAAAGGAAUAAUAAAAAGAAAUAAACGUACACAAAAAAAAUCGUAAUUUUGAAAUCAUGCUAUAUUAUAUAUACAUAUUUAAAAAAAAAGGGCCCUUUUCUUUCUUUCUUUCUUUUUUAAAAAAAUAAACUAUUAUGUAAUUUUCUUUUAAAUAAAGGUAUUGUAUUCCUUUGUUAU